UCAACUUUGAAACAGCACGCCAGAGCUGCCGUGAAGCUGCGUUUCAGGCGGCAUUUACGCUCUUGAAACUCACACUUCUGAAUGUGGAUUAACUUCAAAAACUUCGGAAGAGGGUGCUAUAGAGAGUAGUGUCUGGAAUAUGAUUUUCUUAAGUUUUCUGUCUCUAACUGCGUAUUUUGGAGAAUGCCUGGGUGUACGCUUUGCGUAUCUUGGUGUGCCCGGAUCUGUUUCCAGAGGUGAUCCAAUUUGGCUCGAUUGCGGAUAUGAUUUGGAGGGAGACCAGCUUUACUCUGUGAAGUGGUAUAAAGACAACGUGGAGUUCUAUCGUUUCUUGCCGAGCGAUGAGCCAUCAGCACAAAUGUACAGUCUGGAUGGUGUUUUCUUAGACCUCCAUCUCUCCAAUGCGACUCACGCAUACCUGUACACUAGUGAUCUUGAAACAGAAGGCACUUACGGAUGCGAAGUGUCGACAGAAGUGCCAUCAUUCAGGACGAUUAAAGCAGGGAAGGAGCUCAGAGUUCAUGUUAUACCGGAGGAAGGACCUAAGAUAUUUGGAGUUCAGAAGAACUAUAGAAUUGGCGAUGUAGUAAAUGUAACAUGUGCAUUUGGUCCUUCUAAACCUCCAGCCAAGAUCACUUGGUACAUUAAUGGAGAAGAGGCGCCAACAACGUAUGUGCAUCAUAACCAUCUCAUGACUGGUGACUUAAAGAUGAGCAAAUCUAGACUUAUUUUCUCUCUAGAACCAAAACGUUUAUGGCAAGGUUCUUUGCGUGUGCGUUGUGCUGCUUCACUAUCCCAAGUUCACGCAACGAGCAGCUUGGAGCUUAUUGUUGGAGAAGGAACAACUGGAGCCGAAUUUCAAAGAAUUCUCCAUGUGCCACCAGGACAAGAAGGCCCAGUUAUUACAGGAGGCAUGCCUCGUUACUACGUUGGAGAUAUUGUGGAUGCCAAUUGUUCAUCUGCUAGGUCAGCUGAAUUGCCACAACUCUCAUGGCAUAUCAAUGAUGAAGAGGUUAGACCAGAGUUUUUAACCCCUUAUCUUCCGACUCAUUAUCCAGACGGGUUAUCUUCUGCAAAACUAGGUCUGAGAUUUCGUGUCCAAGAUGAACACCUGAAAGGCGAGGAGAUAAAGUUAAAAUGCACAGCAACUCUCUCCAAGAUGAUUACAAAGACGUCUGCUGAGACUUUGCUUCUAGGAGAUAAUCACAGAAGUUCCAGUUUUCAUCUAUCUGACCGAGCGGGAACUGCUGUGAGUUCAAGUCUGUCAACAUCGCUUCCUUUCAUACUCCUGCUUAUCUUCCUGACAAAGAAUACCUUGAGCUGACCAACAUUAUUUGAUCAAGAUGGACAGAAACGUUCUUAAUGCAUUCAUUUUAGAAUGUAUAAUUCUGUGGAAGUAUAUGUAUUCUGUAAAUAGAGUGUUUUAUAGCUCGCACCGGUCUUCACAUUAUAAAAAGCACUUAAAACGAUGCUUUUGAGAUAAGCGCCACUGAAGUGUUAUUAGACCUGUCUGUGCUGCUUGUAUAAAUGAAUAAUCUAGUUGGGCAUUUAACGACUGUUAACAGCCAGUUCCAGCUCUAAUUCUGAAAAACAAAAUCAUAUUUUCUUCUCUCCUUUACUUUAUAGUAUAUGUAUUGUGUGAAUUCCAAUUUUGUUUUUACUUUUUUAAUGGAAUUUAGUGUAAGCAUACUUAUUUCACAAUGCAAUCAAUUUUAUAAUGAACCCUGUUUUUACUUUUAGGCUUUGUUAUGCUUCUAUGUGGCGAUAUAAUAAGCGGUUUUAAAUUUUUUCCCGUAAAUUUCAAGAAAUGAAACUGAAGAAUAUCCCAUUUUUAUGGGUCAUAAUAUGUGAGUUUGUACCUUACUCUCGGUGUAAUGUCAGCAUGUUGUAUGCACUAAAGGUUAAGUUAAGAAUUUUCUUUUGUGAAUAGUGUAAUCUGAUUUUGUAUAAACUCAUUACAUGGUUUACGUUUUCAUCACAGAUGUUUUAAUAUGUAUGAUUCCUGUAUGCUUUAAUACUGGAUUUCUGAACCAGUAUAAAAGAAGACUGAAGUCAUAAAAUACUUCAACAGUUUGCAUCAGCUUUUGUACUCACAUUUGUAAUUCUUUAAAGUAAGAGUUAUGUUUCUCGUAUGUAUAAUGUAAGUGAUUUACAUCUCUUCCAUUGUAAGUUAGCAGGUCUUCUCCUAGAAUGGAACUCUUUGGGGAAAACUAAACGAUGAAUUACGUGGCUUUUUAACAUAAAUGAUACUGUAAAAAAUUAACUGUAAUAAAAGUAUUAUCUUGAAAACCUAAAGCAAAUACUCAAAUCAUGAUGUAAAUGUUAUUUUUAGCUUAUUAAAAUGCUCAUUUUCUCCUG